UAUGCCAUCACAUCUGGCGCUGCUGUCGUGCCUGCUGGUACUGCUCCUCUCUUUCGACAAGUUCCUCUUCCACUACCUGAAGCGCCGCUGGUUCUCCGGCGGCAGCGGCGCCACCGUCCCAAGGGCCCCCGCCAAGUGGAGCGAGACGGCCAUGCUCGUUAUCGACAUGCAGAAGGACUUCGUGGACCCGACGAUGCGCAGCCCGAUGCUGGUGGCCGGUGGCGAGGCCGUCGUCCCUGCCGUUGCCGGGGCCGUCGCCGUCGCAAGGGAGCGCAGCAUUUUCGUCGCAAGGGAGCGCGGCAUUUUCGUCGUCCCUGCCGUUGCCGGUGGCGAGGCCGUCGCAAGGCUUCGAUGA